AUGACAAUCACUCGCCAACAGCGAAUGGUGUCAACCCUGGAUGAAAUGGAAAGGAAAAAGGAAAGAAUUCUCAUGUUGUCGCUUGCACGAAGACAAGCACAGGAGGAGAUGAAGGCAAGGAAAGAAAACGAAGCAGCCAGGCGAAAAGAGGCGGAAAAAUUAAAAGAAGAAGAAAAAGCAAGAAAGAAAGAAGAAGAGAAGGCUAGGCGAGCUGCCAUCUUAGAUCAAUAUAAGCUCAAAAAAGCCAUAGAAGAAGCGGAAAGAGAGGGUAAGCUGAUAGACAAGGACUUGUUAAACUCGCUCAAGGGUGGGUCCAGCGGCAACCCAACACCCCAACCGAAGUUGAGGGGCAAGACUCAGCCUGCGCGGCCCCGUCCAAAGACUAUACACAUCGACAGCGGUGCAGACGCACACGACGGUAUGCUUACGCCCAGUCGAGGCAAGAAAGGUUCUUCAUCCAAUCUAUCAGUGUUUAGUCCUCCUAGUACAAUGCGCAGAGACUACUACCGAGGAUCUCAGGACUGUUUGGCGGAGACCAGGAGGACUUCCACCUCCAUCUCAGACAUGGGAGACGAGAGCAGAGGAGCUUCCCCCGGCAGAUCUCUGGGUCGCCGCGGUUCAUACAAGACGUCUAGAGAUUCGUCGCUAGACACCGGUAGAAACAGAUCCAAGUUCAGCACGUAUCAGAGCCGGCGCAAGUCUAAUUCUCUCAUGAACUUGAGUGGCUCUAGUUGUGACCAGGACAGUCUAUUGUACCGUUACGGAGACACGGACUCAGGACUGGGUAGAGCUACGCCACCACGCCGCGCACCCUCGCCUGGUCAGCAUCCUCCUUCUCCUUCAGGCCCUGGGUCACUUCCGGCACAUAGGCGGCGCUACGAUGAUGCGGCCUCGGAGAGUGGCGGCAGCGAGUACAGUGGUCCCCGCCUCUACAAGCAGCCCGCCACCAAGUCUAAUAAGGGAAUUAUCUUAAACGCAGUGGAAUAUUGUGUGUUUCCUGGCGUUGUGAACCGUGAGGCCAAGAGGCUUGUCCUGGAGGAGAUCCAGAGGUCAGAAGCGAAACAUUUCCUAAUCCUGUUCCGCGAUGCUGGCUGCCAGUUCCGAGCUCUCUACUCCUACUGUCCCGAGACCGAGGAGGUGACCAAGCUCUACGGAACCGGUCCUAAACUAGUCACAGAUAGAAUGUUCGAUAAGUUCUUUAAGUAUAACUCGGGUGGAAAGUGUUUCUCUCAGGUGCACACGAAGCAUUUAACAGUGACGAUCGAUGCAUUUACCAUCCACAACAGCCUCUGGCAGGGCAAGAAAGUGAACCUGCCUAGCAAACGCGACAUGACCCUUGUCAUAUAGUGCAAUACCUGUACUAGCUGCUCACAUUAACUUCCUAACAAAUUACCACUUAACUUAACUGGCUAAGCUCAGCCGCUAGAAAUAAUUAUUUGAAAUCAGUUCUAAUAAGUAGAUUAAUGUAUUAUCUAGUACAGAUUUAAUCCCGCCUAAUAAGAAUAAUCAGUAACUGCACUUAAAAGACACAACAUUAGGAUGGAAUCUGGUCCGAUCGUAAAUUGGUGCAGGAUUUGAUUUAAUUUUUUUAUAAAUGAUCUAUAACGAUGAAACGGCAAUUAAAAAUUGUGUUUCGUAGUUAAAAACCCAAUUAUUUUCUUCAUCUCUGUACUUACGCAACAUUUAAUGUAUUGGCUGAUAUCGAUUGUGUUUUUGUAUUUAUUUUUCAUUAUCAAUGAACAAGACGUAUUUUUGUACAAAACCAUAUGCAGUAUUUUUUGUAAAUCUUUGUUUAGUAUAAAUGUAUAACUGUAUUUUAUUUUUGCCUAAUCAAAAAAAGAAUUUAUACUUUAUUGAUAUCAAAUGUUUAAAAAGAGAUGUGUUACUGUUGUGGAAAUAUAUAUAUGUAUUCGUUUUUCUGUGAAUAAGAUCUAAUCUGGACUUGUAUGCUUCAUCGCAUAGCUAGAUAUCGUUACAAUGUUUUAUAAUUUGUUAAGGUCGGCAGUACACAGUCAGGAGUGCCAACACGUGCUGCUUACCUCGGUUGUGAGGAGGCAAGUCCGCAGACUCUGAUUGCUGUUCAUUUAGUCUAGGGUCUCCUUCGCUUGUCACAUGUUUAUACGUAUAUAUAUUUGUAUAAAAAGCACCGAGGUGCUUCUCGUGAAAAUUUUGUAACUAAAGGCUUUUCGUGUUAUUAUUUUGCUCUAGAUUUCUUGUUAACACUUUGUAAUAAUUUUAAUCGAUUUUGUACAUAUGAACUCUAUAUAUUUUUUUUGUUUUGUUUUAUAAUAUUAUAAUUAAUCUUAGAGAUAUUUAUUCAUAAAUUAAUUCGAGAAUGCCAUUACAUUGUUUACAAUACUGAACAGUACAGCUGAUAGGUAUUCUGCCACUUGUGAUCAAUAAACAAUAAUUGUAUAACUACAAGUCGUUGUUUACACUUGCUCCCAGAACUCCCCACUCACAUCCACAUGACAUCGUUUGUUUCUUUUGUACACUUCAAUUAUUUAUUGUGUUCUGUGUCUAAAAAGCUUAUACGAUUAUAAAGAUAAUUUUCUAUUUGUUAAAAGAGUCUGCUGCCAUCUUAAUGUUUUAUGUUUAUUUUUAUUGUAUGAACGCUGUGCUGUAGUAUGAUAUAUAUUGAACUCUUGUUAUGUAAUUUAAUAAAUAAUUUAAUAUUUUUUAUA